AUGCGUGCGGCCGAGGGCACCAAGGCAGUGCGACCAACGAAGGAGAGGCCUGAAGUCCGACUGCGGCGGAGCCUUCUCCGCGGCGCGGCCGAGCGUUCUCCGCAGGUCUGUGCGACCUCCACUCCUGAGGAGGUGGAGAGGCCGGAGAUGGGCACGGGCCGGGCACACGGGUCUCCGCGAGUGGUGCUGACCGCACAGCUGGCCGCGAGGCUUCUGAAGGAGCUCUUGGAGGCCUUUCAACGGAGCGCCUCCGUCGAGGCCACCGGUGCCGGGCGAAGCUUCAGAGAGAGCGGUGGUGGAAGGGGGUUCUCCUUCACUUUCCAGGAGGCGAAAGCCAAGGUGGGCACAUCUUGGGGCUUUCACAGCAGUGCCGAGAUGACGCGGUGCAUUGAGGCCAUCAGUGCAUGUGGCCGAGCCAAGCGCUGGCAAAGAGCCUUGGAGCUCUUAAGCGAGGUCUUUGAGAGGCACUUGGAAGGUGAUGCCUUCACCUUGGCCUCAAGCAUCAGUGCUUGUGAACGUGCCAGCGCCUGGCACGCCGCCUGGUACUUGCUCCAACUGUCGUGUCCGCAGUUUUGCAGCGAGGAGCUUUGCUCGCUGGUGGCGCUGAACAGCGCAGCGAGCGCCGCGGCGAAGGGCUCGGAGUGGCAAUUGGCCUUGCAGGUCCUGAGCAAAUUGGAGGACCGUCUCCUGAAACCGGACAUUAUCACCUACAACUCUUUGAUCAAUGCCUGCGCGAAUGGCGCCCAGUGGAUUUGUGCACUUGCAUUGUGGUCGAGUCUCCCGCAGAAGAUCUCCCCUACAAUGAUCACCUGCAGCUCGCUGCUGGACGCCUUCAGGCAAUCAGCCCAGUGGCAGUAUGCCUUGCUGCUGGUGGCCAGUCAUCGUCUGGAUAUGACGAGUUACAGCGUGGCCAUCAGCACCUGUGGCGAAGCAGCUGAGUGGAGACGAGGAUUGCAGCUGCUGCAGGACUUCGAGUCGGUUCAUCGACCGAUGGUGAUCGUGUACAAUGCAGCGAUCAGUGCCUGCGGUGGGGAGUGGCUUCAGGCUCUGGGGGUUUUCAAUGAAUGUCUCAAGAGAUCUUUGCAACCAGACAUCGUCACCUACAAUGCUUUGAUGAACGUGGGUCAAAAGAGUGGAAGGGGCUGGGAAGAUGCCAUCUUCUUGCUCCAGAUGGCUCAAGAUGCAACCCUUCAACCCACACCUAGCACUUACACCUCACUUUUCGGAGCUUGCCGGCAACAUGGCAAGUGGCGACUCUGCUUACAGCUUUUGGCCGAAGCUCCUCAGUCACUCAGCACGGCAGCCUACAAUGCAGCAAUGAGUUGCAUGGCCGAGAAUUGGCGCCAUGCGAUUGGCCUCCUGGAGCACUGCCCUUCGCCCGACUUGGUCACCUUCAACGCACUGCUCAGCGCCUUCGAAAAAGCCGCCCAAUGGCCACGAGCCUUGGAACUCCUGACGACUUCCACGCUCCGACGGGUUGCGCUACGUCCGGACGUGAUCUCCUUCAAUGCUGCGAUCAGCGCGUGUGAAAAGGCCGAGGAGUGGCCACAUGCCCUGCAUGUCUUGUCGCUGCUGCGAUCAGCCGCGCUUCAGCCCACCUUGGUGUCCUGCAGCGCUACAGCCAGCGCCUGUGAGAAAGCUGGGAAGUGGCAGCUGGCAGGCCUCCUGCUGACCGAGGUGAAGACGAUGCGCAUGCAGCCUGAUCUGAUCAUUUACAAUGCCGCCAUCACAGCUUGUGAACAGGCUGGCCAGUGGCAAGUGGCUUUUUCCCUCUUGGAACAAGCAGAGAAGAGCGAACUAAAGCCCAACGAGAUCACCUAUCAAGCGGUCAUCGUCUCCAGUGAACGUUUAGCCUGGCCAGCCACGUUGACACUCCUGGGCGCCGCCGCCGCCGCCGACGCUCUGACGCCACUGAGUGUGGCGGCCGCGCUCCGCGCGCUGCGGGAAGGCGCGCGUUUUACGCGCGCCUCGCUGGGGCCCAAGCUGCUGGAACAGCUGCAGGAUCGGGCAGAGGUGAUGUUGAUCGAGACGUGGCCAAGGAGAGACAUCUGCAGCCGACGACUGCUGAGCCAGAGACAUUUGAGCCAGAGAGCAUUUUAA